AAAGUAUAAAGAUCAAGAUCAGAUAUUUUAUAAUUCAGAGCUAACCUCUUGCAUACUGGAUUGUACCAAAUUAGGCAAGAAAGAAAAGAGGGGAAGAAAUGUCACUUGUUAUUCGACAAAUGACACGUCGCUCCUGAUUUUCCCUGUUAACUUCAUAAGAAGCGAUCUUCAGAGCUAUUUUAAUAACCCAAACAAACAAACAGUCCCUUCUACAAUUUCUCUACAGUUUCAUCCCUUCGAUUCCAGAGAAAUUAAGCUUCAGAGUGGCAAAAGUUGUGAUUUUGAUUGUUGUUUUCAGAUGGGAUUUGAGGGAUUUUUGAUUUAUUAAAACUAAGAAAGUUGAGGAAAUGUGGGUUUAGUGUUUUAAUUAUUUUGGUUUGAAGUUUGUGAGGUUUAGUGAAAAUGAGCGUGGUGGGAUUUGAUUUUGGGAACGAGAAUUGUGUGAUUGCAGUAGCGAAGGAACGUGGGAUUGAUGUUUUGUUGAACGAUGAAUCAAAUCGUGAGACACCGGCUGUGGUGUCUUUUUUUGAGAAGCAGAGAUUUAUGGGUUCAGAGGGAGCUGCUUCUUUGACUAUGAAUCCUAAAUCGACAGUUUCUCAGGUUAAGCGACUGAUUGGGAGGAAGUUUAAAGAAGUUGAGGUUCAAGAUGAUCUUAAAUUGUUUCCUUUUGAGAUUGUAGAGGGCCAUGAUGGUGGUAUUUUGAUUAAGGUGCAGUACUUGGGUGAGAUUCAUGAGUUUAGUCCAGUUCAGAUUUUGGGGAUGUUAUUUUCUCAUUUGAAACAAAUAGCAGAGAAGAGUCUCGAGAUGCCUAUUUCUGAUUGUGUUAUUGGUAUUCCAUGUUACUUCACGGAUUUGCAAAGACGUGCUUAUUUGGAUGCAGCUGCGAUUGCUGGACUGCGACCUUUGCGGUUGUUGCAUGACUGUACUGCAACUGCACUGGGAUAUGGCAUUUACAAAAAUGAUAUCUCCAAUGCAGGCCCAACUUAUGUUGUAUUUGUUGAUAUUGGUCACUGUGACACCCAGGUCUGUCUGGCAUCUUUCGAGAGUGGACAAAUGAAGAUAUUAUCACAUGCAUUUGACAGGAACCUGGGAGGGAGAGACUUUGAUGAGGUUCUUUUCAGUUAUUUUGCAGCACAGUUCAAGGAGAAAGAUGACAUUGAUGUUUGUACUAAUAUGAAGGCAUCUAUUAGGUUGAGGGCUUCAUGUGAGAAAUUGAAGAAGGUCUUGAGUGCAAAUGCAGAGGCGCCACUUAAUAUAGAGUGCUUGAUGAAUGAAAAAGAUGUUAGAGGUUUUAUUAAGAGGGAGGAGUUUGAAAGGCUGUCAUCAGGUUUGGUGGAAAGCAUUAGUGUUCCCUGUCAAAAGGUCCUGGCUAACUCUGGCCUGACUGUAGAAAAGAUUCAUUCGGUUGAACUUGUUGGUUCUGGGUCUAGGAUACCAGCAAUUACUAGAAUGCUAGCUUCUCUAUUCAAGAGAGAGCCAAGCCGGAGAAUAAAUGCAAGCGAGUGUGUGGCUCGUGGUUGUGCUCUUCAGUGUGCAAUGCUGAGCCCAAUAUUUCGAGUAAGAGAAUACCAGGUUCAAGAUUCAUUUCCUUUCUCCAUUGGACUCUCAUCAGAUAAAGUUCCAAUUUGCACAUUGCCAAAUAGCACGCUUUUCCCAAAAGGCCAGGCUUUCCCAAGUCUUAAGAUACUUGCUCUUCACAGAAAUAAUAUGUUUCAGAUGGAAGCCUUCUAUGCUGAUCCGAAUGAACUGCCUUUUGGCAUAGCAUCACAAAUCAGCAGUUUUAUGAUUGGGCCUUUUCCAGUUUAUCAAUUGGAAAUGGUGAAAGUGAAGGUUAGAGUUCAGUUAAACCUCCAUGGAAUAGUAAACAUAGAGGCAUUCAUGCAAAUUGAAGAUGGUGCUGAAGUUACAAAUGUUACUUCAGAAAAUAUGGUGGCCAAAUCCGACCAUUCACCUUCUGUUGAACAAAAUGGUGCUGAAGUUACUAAUGUUGCACAGUCAGCACCUUCAUCCAUACCUGCGGAUGAAAUUAGGAAAGGAAAAUUUUUCAAAAGGCUUGAAAUUCCAGUCAGUGAGGAAGUCUAUGGAGGAAUGACAAAGGCUGAGCUCUCAGAGGCUGAGAAGAUAGAGCUUCAGUUGGCACAACAGGACUUGAAGAUGGAGCGGAUAAAAGACAAGAAAAAUGCUUUGGAGUCCUAUGUCUAUGAGAUGCGAGAUAAGAUUUUCAGUAAGUACCAGAGCUUUGCCACCGAGUCAGAAAGGGAUGAGAUCUCUAUAAAUCUUCAAAAGACAGAGGAGUGGCUUUACGAAGAUGAACCUGAUGAUGAAUCAGAAAAUAUUUAUAAUCAAAAGUUAGAGGAUCUUAGAAAGCUUGUUGAUCCUAUUGAAAUUCGAUAUAAAGAAGACGAGGCCAGAGAAAAAGCAAGAAAGGAUCUCCUAAGUUGCAUCGCGGAUUAUCGAAUGAAAGCUGGGUCACUUACAGCUGGUGAGAGGGAUGCGGUUAUAGAUGAGUGCAACAAGGCUGAAAAAUGGCUGCAAGAGAAAACUCAACAGCAGGACUCAUUACCAAAAAAUGUUGAUCCAGUGCUGUGGUCAUGCGAAAUCAAGAGAAAAGCAGAGGGUUUUGAUGCGACCUGCAAAUAUAUAACAAAAUCUCUCCCAAGAACAGAUGAUUCGGAUCACAUAGACAAACCAGAUGACGGGGAGUUAGAUUGAUGCUGUUAUACGCUGUUGUUUUAUGUCAUCAAGCAGCAACAGCAGAAAAACAACCAGAAUAUUUAUCCUGAAUUAGGUCCAUUUUAUUGGCUGAUCAGCUAGUUACAUAUUUCACAGGAAUGGUUCAUUAAUUUUGCUUGGAAGUGAGUUUUGUAUUUGCAUAUCCAGUUGCUUGCUAAGAUUCUUUUGCCGUCAUGCAACAUUGGUUCUCUGGUAGGGUUGAAAGAUGCUUUGAGACUGAGGUGGGCUGUAGGUUCAGUACUUAUCCAUACAAGAAAAAAGAAGGGAAAUUUCUUUGACAAAAAUGUAAUAUCCAGGAAGGAUAUGCUUUGGUCAUCAUGCAUAUAUUCUCAUGUGUUUUACCCAACUCAACUGUGUUACCUUUUUUGCAUGAUGAAAUGAGAAUUUACAUAUUUGAUUUUGAUA